UGUGAUGAGAUCCAAGGCUUGUUAAAAGAGAAAGAUAAAUUGGAGAAAGACAUUAGCAACACGACUAAUCAAAAUAACCAGUUAAAUGAGGAGAAAAAACAACUGUUAGCACAAUUUUUGGAUGGAUGGAAGUGCAAUCAAUCCAGUUUAUACUACAUUUCCUCUGACACGAAGAACUGGGCUGAAAGUAGAGAAGACUGUUUGAACAGAGGAGCAGAUCUGAUCAUCAUAAACAACAGAGAGGAACAAGAGUCUUUUAAAACUAAUGCUGAAUUCUGGAUUGGUCUAAAUGACAGUGAUGUGGAGGGCACAUGGAAAUGGGUUGAUGGCAGCACACUGACCUCUGGGUUCUGGGCGUCUGGACAGCCCAACAUGGGCAAAGAGGAAAACUGUGCUGUGCUGAAUCCAUUAGGGUGGUAUGGUUAUCCAUGUGAUAAUGUUUUUAAAUGGAUAUGUGAG